GAGGUGUUCACACCCAAUCAUUUCCAGCAAAUUCCAUUGUGACAACGUACGGUACGAGCAAUGAUGAUGAUGAUCUGAGGAACCUUUGUCUGUCUCAGAGUUCAUCCAUGAAGAAGAAGAGAUCCAAAUUCAUAAGAAAGUAACAAUUUUUCGAAAUGGGUCUGUCUAAGGAGAAUGUAACAGGUCUCAUUCUAGCAUUGAUGUCAAGUUUAUUCAUUGGGUCAAGUUUCAUCAUUAAGAAACAAGGUCUUAGAAGAGCAGCUUCAUUUUCUGGUGUAAGGGCUGGUGUUGGUGGGUUUUAUUAUCUAUUGGAACCACUAUGGUGGGUGGGAAUGAUCACAAUGAUUGUAGGAGAGGUUGCAAACUUUGUUGCAUAUGCUUUUGCUCCUGCUGUUCUAGUUACCCCUCUCGGUGCAUUAAGUAUUAUUGUGAGUGCUGUUUUAGCUGACAUUAUUCUGAAAGAGAAGCUACAUAAGCUUGGGAUAUUAGGCUGUAUAAUGUGCAUUGCUGGUUCUAUCAUUAUUGUUAUUAAUGCUCCUAAAGAGGAACGUAUCACAUCUGUCCUGCAGAUAUGGAAUAUGGCUACUCAACCAGCAUUUCUAGCAUAUGUCGGGUCUGUAAUAGUACUGGUCUUCGUUCUGGUUUUCCAGUUUGCACCAAGAUGUGGACAUACCAAUGUGCUAAUUUAUACCGGCAUUUGUUCGUUGAUGGGCUCCCUCUCUGUGAUGAGUGUCAAAGCACUUGGAACUUCUUUGAAAUUAACUUUUGAAGGGAAUAAUCAGUUAGUUUAUCCACAGACAUGGUUUUUCAUGUUAAUUGUAGCCAUAUGCGUCGUCAUGCAAAUGAAUUAUCUUAAUAAGGCUCUUGAUACCUUCAACACGGCAAUCGUGUCUCCAAUAUACUAUGUCAUGUUUACAACACUUACAAUACUCGCCAGCGUAAUAAUGUUCAAGGAUUGGGAUGGCCAAAGUUUUUCAACUAUUGUGUCAGAAAUAUGUGGCUUUAUUGUCGUGCUCUCUGGCACAAUAAUGUUACAUCUGACCAAGGACUUUGAAAGAAGCCAUUCUUUUAGAGGUGGCACACCUUCAUCGCCUGGCACAUUAUCUGUCAGGCUUUAUAACGGAAACGGAGACUUGUUACUUAAGGAAGAUGAAGAAAAUGAAUCUCUUGAGAUUAAUUGCUAAUAAAGGCAAGAUUUAUGUUAGAUGGUUUUAUAUGACACAGUAAAGGUCUUAAAUUAGGGGAAUUUGAACCUUCCUCUAGAAAAAAACGAAUGAGGAAUCCCAUCACAUGUAGACAUAGAAAGAUGGGAGGUUUCCGAAGCUAUUCUUUAAUGGAUUUAAUUGAUACACACCGAAAGUGUAAAUUUUUUACUGUCAAUCAAUCAUAACCGUCAGAUAAAUAAUGUUUUUAAAACUUCAAUCAUAUCUACCUUAAAAGUAAUAUAAAUGAUAGUUUAUGAUUGGUUGAUAGUGUUAAAGUUUUUACACUGACAGUGUAUCAAAAUUAAUCUAUUCUUUCAUUUUGAGCAUAUCAGGAAUUAUAUCGACAUAAUUUUUUUGGUUUGGAGUUUGCAAGGUGCAUAUUGUACAGUGCCCUCAGUUGAUUGUGUUAGAUAAGGUCAUUGGAUUGAGAUUAGUUCUCUCUUUGUGAGGCUCUUUUUACAUGAAUGAAGAAAGUGAGGAUAUAGAUUAGUUUUUCUGA